CAGCCCCAACAAGGAGAAGGAGGCUUUUUAACAGACUGUUUAUUUUCCAGGGGAAACCGUUCCUUUCUCCCGCUCCACUGUUCUAUCGACAACCGGCUGCUGCUCCUGCUCUUUCUUUCUCUUUCUCUCUAUUGCUUUCCUCUUUUUCUCUCCAUCCAUUCCUAUUUUUCUAUCUCAAGUUUAGACUAUGGAUGAGGCCCCCCAACAGCUUAGAAUGGAUUCUCUUCAGCAGACUGCUUGAUGUAUUUUGGGAGACUUUCAGUUUAAUAGGCGUUCCUUUUUGACUCUCCAGCUAUAUGGCCAGACUCUUGGGAAAAUGCACAGAGCUCAGCGUGUGUUCCCAUUGGCUGAGGUCUACUGACAAAUUGGCCUAUGGCGCAGAGGGUGCCCGGCGGUCGCUCUCGCGGACCCAUGACCGGGAGCUGGCUGACAGCGUGUUUUUUCCCAUCAACCCCAGGUUUGGAUGGUGCCGAUCCUAUGCUACUGGAGCAGUACAUGGUGGUGGCCAACUAUGAGAAGCAGGAGCCGGCGGAAAUCAGCCUGCAGGCUGGCAAACUGGUAGACGUCAUCGAUAAGAGCGAGAGUGGCUGGUGGUUUGUCAGUACAGCGGAGGAGCAGGGCUGGGUCCCUGCCACAUACCUGAAUACCCACAGCAACACACAAGAUGACCUGGAGCUGGGAGCCUCCAAGUCCAGGGAAGAGGAGAAGUAUAUGACGGUGCAGCCAUACACCAGCGAGGGAAAGGAUGAGAUCGCCUUUGAGAAAGGAGUCAUCGUGGAGGUCAUCCAAAAGAACCUGGAGGGCUGGUGGUUUAUCAGGUACCAGGAUAAGGAGGGCUGGGCCCCGGCCUCCUACCUGAAGAAGGUGAUGGAGGACUUCUCUCCCCGUAGUAGUAAUAAGAAGACCCCCUUGACUGGCCCGGUGGAGAUAAUCAGCAACAUCAUGGAGAUCAGCAACCUGCUGAACAAGAAGGCCCUGAGUGAGAAGGACGUGCAGACAGACGGCCAGCCAGAGGACAACCCCCUAACCACCCCCUCCCUGGUCAAGAGGCAGAUCAGCCUGCCCAUACCCUGCUCUAGCUCAGACUUCAGCCCUGGUGCCGCACUGGUGGAUGUUAAGGGCAAAGUAGAACCAGCCUCUCCAGUCAUAGCCCGCAUCGCUCCUCACAGAAUAGAGAUCGGCUCCCCAAUCCUCAGACAAAAGCCACCUCCUCGCAGAGAUGCAACUCUGGGAUUCAAUUUACCCUCGCCACCAGAGCCCCCUACUGUUGAAGCAGAGUACUACACCAUUGCAGAGUUCCAGUCCGUCAUUUCAGAUGGCAUCAGUUUUAAUGGAGGGCAGAAAGCAGAUGUGAUCGAGAAGAACUCUGGUGGCUGGUGGUAUAUCCAGAUUGGUGAGAAAGAGGGCUGGGCUCCCUGCUCCUACAUCGACAAACGAAAGAAGCCCAACCUAAACCGCAGGACCAGCACUCUGAGCCGGCCUAAAGUCCCGCCCCCAGCCCCGCCCGUCAAGAAGCAGGACUUUGUGGAGACUGUCCCUACCAGCAGUCCUGGUUCCGAGGCUCCAGAGUCCCCUGCAUCUSCCGGAAGGCCUGUGUACGAGGAGCCAGAAUAUGACAUUCCUGCCAUUGGGUUUGAUCUGGAGUCAGAGUUUGAGUUCCUCAGGACAGAUGGGUCCUCAGUGGAUGGGAAGAACGAGGAUAGCUCCUCAGAGAAGGGCUCUCACCUUUCCUCCAAGCCAUCUCCAGCCUCAUCUCUCCAUAGUGCCUCCUUCAAGAUGGGCGAGUCGUCUGAGGACGUGGGGCAGGAAGAGGAGGAGCCUGAGGGAGAGGAGUGUAUCUAUGAGAAUAACUGCUUCAUGCCUUUCAGAGAGAUGCCUUAUACACAAUCCAGUGGRGACUCAGACUCCCUGAAGAUUAGUGCCCCGUUGGAGACUAGCAAGGCUGAAAACUCUCACUCCAUGUUUGGGGCAAGGAGAAAAGGGAAGACGAUCCAGCUGAACGGCAGCCAGUCCCUGUCUCAAACCAAAGCAGAGGCCGGGGCAUCCAGCUCCAAACCUGCCUCUACAGAGUCCAACCCAGAUCUCUCCAAGCAGUCCAGGCCCAAGAAGGACAACGAUGAGCACAAGAUGGGCUCCACCAAGUCCUCCACCAAACCUAAGCCAUUGGUCAGGCCUAAGCCCCAGCUGGCCAAGGCCUCCAGUGCAGAGAAAAUGGACAUUGGCAGCCUCCGGAGACAACUUAGGCCUACAGGCCAGCUGAAGAAGGGCUCCAGAGGAGAAGACUUUGAAACAGCCUCUGUCAUCUCCUCUGAGGACUCUGUGUCCUCCCACAGCACCUCCGACAUCUCCUCCAUCUAUUCUAAAGGCAGCCGGGGAGACUCAGACGAGGGCUGCAGUCUCUACCGCACCACAGAGGCCUAUGAGAAGGUCCAGGACUCAGAGAUGAGCUUCCCUCCCGGGGUGGAAGUGGAGGUGCUGGAGAAGCAGGAGAGCGGCUGGUGGUAUGUCCGCUUGGGCGACACUGAGGGCUGGGCUCCAACCUACUACCUGGAGCCUGUCAGGCAGCUGGACGACAAAGCUGGGUCAGAGUCCGAUGGCACCCCUACCAAACUGGGCAGCCUGAGCAAGUCCAACAGCCUGGAGAAGAAUGAGCAGAGGGUCCAGGCCCUGAACAACAUCAACCAGAGCCUAAAGAGGAGCAUACCGCCCAUCCCCUCCAAGCCCUUUGGCCUGUUCAAUGGCUCGCAGAAGAAUGUUAUGAAACAGCAGCAGGUGGUCAGGCCUCAGUCUGUCUUCAUCUCCAAGCCGAUCAUCGACGGGCCAAACCCAGUAGGCUCCCUUAGGAGGGGUGAGUCACUCAACUCCACUGACCACCCACGCUCUAGUCCCACCGUGCGCCGCAACGCUUCCUUUGGUACUARCCCGCGGUGCCCAGCGCCGAACGGUAACAUGGCAAACCGGAACAGACCCGGCAUGGGAAGCUCCGAAUCACUGGGCCGGGGGUCUCAGAGGAACGGUCUACCUAUUUCCACGGUGAAACCCAAACCCCACCUCAUCCACAACAACCUCCGUGAGGUGUAUGUCUCCAUAGCGGAUUACCAUGGUGAUGAGGAGACCAUGGGGUUCCCUGAAGGAACGACUCUGGAGGUUCUGGAGAGGAACCCUAAUGGGUGGUGGUACUGCCAGAUCCUGGAUGGAGGUCGACCUCGAAAAGGCUGGGUCCCCUCAAAUUACCUGGAAAGGAAGAGCUAGUGACACACAAAUAUUAAGUGGAUGUGCAAUCAGGUCAGAGACCAUGGAAGACAGUGGAAAUGGAAA